UCACUUCCAAUCUGGAUUGUUUGUGGAAACUUCAUGAACAGCACCAGGGGCAGGUGUUUAUCCGUGGAAGAAAGUCAUGCUCUGAAGAAACUUUCAGUUCAGGGAUCACAGUGGAUGCCACAGGUGUAGCCGCCGGGCUCGAGAGAGUUAUGGCGGUUCAAACUGCAAUCAUGAACCCCCAGUUCAUGAGUUUUUGCUUCCCCGAUUCUGUGAUGGAGUACGACAUGGAAAAGAGUCUGGAUUGUAGUCUGCUCUGUGAGGCGGAGAAUGAUGAAGACUUCAAAGAGACCACGAGGGACUUGCUGAGCUUCAUAGACUCGGCCUCCAGCAACAUCAAGCUGGCUCUGGACAAGCCGGUGAAAUCCAAAAGGAAAGUCAACCACCGGAAGUAUCUGCAAAAGCAGAUCAAACGCUGCACUGGUAUCAUAUCACCAGGAAACACAUCAGAAGCGCCGGUGAAAAGACAGAGUUCCCCAGUAAAUCAGCAGGGCCCUUUACAGAGUAAAACUCUACAGAAGCGAGAAGGGGGGCAAGCCAACCUACAGAGUAAGAGCCUGGCUGCUCUCUUCAGCCCUGUGAAGGAAAUAAGGGGGGAGAAAGCAAAGAAACCCCCCCUGAGGCACCGUAAUCUGCCUCCGUCUUUUUUUACCGAGCCUGCCAACUGCUCCAGGGUUAGCUCCACAUCCGGGAUGAUGCUGAAGGACUUGGAACGGGGGAACCCAGAGGCUGCAGAGUUCUUUGAGCUCCUGGGGCCAGACUACAGCAACAUGGUGAAUGAGCAGGAUGUUUAUCAGGCCAUGCCACUGAGGGUGCAACAAGAUCUGGGAGGCCUAGACCCUGCUUCAUAUGACCAUUUAGUUAGUGGUCUACUCUACCCUGAUCCCUGGACUAAUUGCUCCGGACCCUGUAAAAAACCAGGGGAGGGUCUGCGAACAGGCCCACCACAGCUUCCAGGCUAUGGUCAGGCUGAGGACCCUUCUGGGCCAAUAGAUGACAGUGGACUGUGUACCUUGGCCUUUCCAAGCUUCUUCCCAGACUGCUCCAUACCUCAGGUUACCUAUGAUUUAAACGGUGGCUAUAACAAAACAAACUAUCCAUGUCUAUGAGAAACUGAAAAGAAAAAGAAGUACUGCAGACAGUUGGAACAGUAGAAAACACUUUAAUUUUUCUAACAUUUCAACUGGAGAACAGGUCUCAUGUUGCUUUUUCUGUAAAAACUUUGAUACAACGUCAAAAGCUUCAUUUUUGUUCCAUCUCAGGCAAUUUAUAAAGACAUCCUGAAGAGUUCUGACUUUAAGGAUUUGUAAGUCUGGGAUGUUAAUCCUGUUGAAAACAUCAGAACAGCUGGACUAAACAACAGAUGCACUUUUUUCAACUUGAUUAGUUUGUAACAACGGAAAAUGGGGGG